CUUCCUCAUACUUCAUAUCUGUCAUGAGUGAUGGCGAUGCCUGCAGAAUCUGACAGUACCGGUGCGCAGAGCAGUGCUCCUGAAAAAAGCUUCAACGCACAGGAUCGCAAUGGUUAUGUGAAAACAUGUGUCAUCCCACUGUGCCGUGACCGAGAUUACGAGUCGUGGGUGAGGCUAAUGUUCACAAAAAUAUGGAGUUCCCAGAGACUCCGGAGUGCGGUGUGUGCGGGUUCGCUCUCGGUUAUUCUCGCUCUGUUGGCCAAAUGUGCAGACUGGAGCGCUGACAACACACUCCUGCAUUCAUCGUCUCCCCUUCACUUCGUCUCAGGCUGCGCGGCGGAGCUGUUGCAAACUUGCUGGAGUGUGCUCUCGCCAUUGUUCACCCUCGUAUGUGCCUUCUUUUGGGUCGGGGUCUACUUGAUCCGCUGUGGGGUCCUAUUCCAGACCGCCCUCUCCCUCUUAACCUUGUGCCACCUGGGUGAAGCGGCGGCGUGGUCUCUGCUGGACGGGACAGAUGAGCAGCUGCUUUCAUUCUCCACAGCAGCCGUGGUCGUGCUCGUCUGCGUGGCCACCGGCGCACUCAUGGUAGCGCGGCUGAACCAGGGCAUAUCUGUGAUCGUUUUCAUCAGCCUUGUUAGGACUAUCUCACUCUUCUCGCUGCACAAAGUCCGGGCCACUUGGAGACCGUACGUGGCGUACCUGGUUGGAGUGCUGGGCAUCCUGCUGGCGAGGUAUGCUGAUAAGCUCCUUCCCAACCAAGGGAGAUACAAGGAGGGCUGCACCCCCGUGUCUGGAGGCAGGGAAGAGGUUCCUGUAUUUAAAAGGCGCAGGAGGUCCAGUUCUGUGAUAGCCUCAGACAUGGCAAACAGUCAGUCCAACAGUAAGUCACAUCGCCGGACCUCUCUGCCAUGCAUCCAGAGGGACCAGAUGCUCCCCCGCUCGGAUUGGGACCACAAAAGAGGCUCCCGAGGAUCACAGUCGUCAGGCACCUCUGUCAUGGUGGACAUAGCAGUGAUGGGAGAGGCCCAUGGACUGAUCACAGACCUGCUGGCUGACCCAGCUCUGCCCCCCAACACUUGCACCUCCCUGCGGGCUGUCAGCAAACUGCUCACCACACAGCUCACCUUCCAGCCCCUGCACCGGCCACGCCCUGCUCCCCUGCUCAACCCCAGUGAUGCUUAUACCUUCUCCGACUCAGAGGAGGGACCUGAGAAAGGAGAGAAGACAUCCAUCCACAAGCGUAUAAGGCGAAGCCUCCACCCUGGUCUUCUGCGGAGGAUCUCUUCCACGUGGACCACCACCACCUCUGCCACCGGCCUGCCAACCAUCGAGCCUGGACCGGUCCGAAGAGACCGCAGCGCUAGCAUCAAACCAUACCAUGAAACACUCACCUGCAGCUGUGGGAGACCCUACAUCAAACUGAGCCAUGGGGAGGGCUCUAUAGACAAGGGAGACAGGAUACCACGGCCAGAGGACCAAGUGGUGGUGUCAUCAGACUAUGACAGCACUCACGAAGCCAACCACAGUGACAGCAGUGAUGUAGCACAUACAGAGGAGGACACAGAGGAGGGAAAAAACCCUGCCCAGAAUGUCAUCCUCCACCCACUAAUACCUCCGGAGGACAAACCCAUGCUGGCUCCAGAGCCGUUAAUAAUGGAGGACUUAGAGCCCUUGAUGAGUCAGCUAAACAAUUGGAACUUCCCGAUCUUUACAUUGAUGGAGAAAACCAAUGGGAAAUGUGGACGCAUCCUCAGUCAGGUUUCCUACAGGCUCUUUGAAGACACCGGCCUGUUUGAGACCUUCAAGAUCCCUGUCAAAGAAUUCAUGAACUACUUCCACGCCCUUGAGAACGGUUACAGAGACAUACCAUAUCACAACAGGGUCCACGCCACAGAUGUCCUUCAUGCAGUCUGGUACCUCACCACGCAGGCUGUGCCUGGUCUGCCCAGCCUCAUCACCGACCACGGCUCUGCCAGUGACUCAGGUGUGUCUGAUGGCACAGACUCUGACAGUGGAAUAACUCACAGUCACAUGGGCUUCCUGGUUUCAAAGACCUACACUGUGUCAGAGGACGGUUACGGCUGCCUGUCAGGACUCAUACCUGCCCUGGAGCUCAUGGCCCUCUAUGUGGCCGCCGCCAUGCACGAUUAUGACCACCCCGGGCGGACCAACGCUUUCCUCGUGGCCACCAGCGCCCCGCAGGCAGUCCUCUACAACGAUCGAUCCGUCCUGGAAAACCACCAUGCCGCCUCAGCAUGGAACCUCUUCAUGUCGCAGCCGGAGUACAACUUCCUUGUCAACCUGGACCACGUAGAGUUCAAGCGAUUCCGAUUCCUGGUCAUUGAGGCCAUACUCGCAACUGAUCUGAAGAAGCACUUUGACUUCCUGGCUGAGUUUAAUGCCAAGGUUGGUGAUGACCCAUCCACGGGUAUUGAUUGGUCGAAUGAGAACGACAGGCUGCUGGUGUGCCAGAUGUGCAUUAAACUGGCUGACAUCAAUGGGCCUCUGAAGUGUAAGGACCUGCACCUGCAGUGGACAGAGGGCAUUGUGAACGAGUUCUAUGAGCAGGGUGACGAGGAGUCCAGCCAAGGCCUACCCAUCAGCCCCUUCAUGGACCGAGCUGCACCACAGCUGGCCAAACUCCAGGAGUCGUUCAUCACACACAUCGUGGGGCCUCUGUGCAACUCGUACGACUCAGCCUACCUCUUACCCGGACGAUGGGUAGAACCCAGCCCAGAGGCUGAGGAGCCAGAGAAUGAAGAAGAAGAGGAGGAGGAGGACACUGCAGAGGAAGAUGCAUCAACUAGUUCAGAAGAAUCACAGAAAGCAGCUCCUAAGAAGAGGAGGAAAGUCUUCUGCCAGAUCACACAGCACCUGCUGGAUAACCACGAGAUGUGGAAGAAGGUGAUCGCAGAGGAGGCCCAGAAACAGGGCCAGGGAGCGGAGUCCGUCCAUUUAAACAAUGUAGCUGAGCCCAUCUUGGCUAUUCAUGAGGAGGAGGAGGAGCCGGGCAGCAGAGAGGAGCUGGUGGAGGGAGAGGAUCCCGAGGAGGGAGAGGAGGAACCGGAGUGGCCUGUGUCCCCGCAGGAAGACUCUAAACCCCCAGAGGAACUAGAGGAGGAGGAGGAGGAGGAGGAGGAGGAGGACCCACAGUGAAACGGCUCUUGGGAAAUAUUGGACCUGAAGAUGUAUUUCUUGUUUUCUUAUCCUAUCAAAUGAAUCCUGUUUUUGCCAGCACGUCACUUAGACACAACACUGUAGAUGUUUGGGAAAUGUGUGCCUAUACAGAGAAAAACAGGGUGGGAAAAAUUGUGCUUUACACAUUUUAUCUGAGUAUCUGGUUGCACCAAACAUUUAAAGGAGUUUUCCAUAUUGCAAUACAGGAUUAUAAUUUGUGUACUUUGGGAAACAGACUCUUUUGCUACUGUCAAGAGAAGAGAAAGACUGGUUGCACAGACCUCAACCCAAUGUGGUAACACAGGACUGCAGAAAUUUGCUGCCAAUUUAUAUAUAAUUAUUUUCUGAAUGCAAUUAUAUAUAUAAACACCA